AUGGCCGACGUGAUCAACAGCGAUGGUAGCGUUUCUCGGUCAGCUAGUGAUGAUGACAAGCUUGAGACCGUGAUGUCGCACGACGAAGUCGGCAAGGACCACACCAACCAUGACCUCGUCGACAAGGAGCUUGCGGCGUACACGUCAGAUAUCCCAGUGCACAUUGAUGAAGAGACCAAUGCAAGGUUGAAAAGGGUCAUAGACCGUCGAGUACUGGCCAUCAUGAUUGUCACCUAUUUCCUCCAAAGUGUAGACAAGGGUGCUCUUGGCUUUGCCUCGAUCAUGGGCCUUCAGGAGGACACACAUCUUCAAGGACCAGAGUAUUCUUGGCUCACUACUAUCAUUUACCUGGUCGUCCUUGUUGUUGAGUACCCAGAAAACUACAUCAUUCAACGCGUGCCAAUCGCAAAAUGGCUUGGUUUUAAUGUCUUUCUCUGGGGCGCCACCGUAGCUCUGACGGCAGCAUGUCACAACUUUACGGGGUUGAUCGCCGUGAGAGCAUUUCUAGGUCUGUUUGAAGCGGUUUGCCAGCCUACCUUUACUGUUCUUUCAGCCAUGUGGUAUAGACGCGAGGAGCAGUCGAGCACGGUUGUUCUCUGGUAUAUGAUGAACGGACUGCAGCAAAUCAUUGGAGGACUCCUUGCCUUCAUCUUCACGCAUGUUCCCGCAACGUCGCCUAUCAGUGAUUGGCAAGCACUGUUCAUGACCCAUGGCCUAAUUGCCACCGUCUGGGGUGUGUUCAUUAUGUGGUGGAUGCCAGACUCUCCUAUGAAGGCAAAGUGUUUCUCGGAAGAAGACAAGAAACUCAUGAUUGAGCGACUGCGCGAUAACCGCACAGGUGUUCAAAACCGCAAGUUCCGUUGGAGACAAGUCCAAGAGGCCUUCAUGGAUCCUCAAGUAUAUGCCUUCAUUUUAAUCCAGAUCCUGACUACGCUGCCUUCCGGAGGCAUGGGUGCCUAUGCUGCGAUAGUAAUCCAGUCUUUCGGGUACUCGACGUGGGUCGUCCAGUUGCUACAGAUGGUCACUGGUGUAAUACAAGUCAUCUCUAUGCUCUCUGGCGUUUGGAUUGAGCGACGAUAUAAGCAAACGAUAUGGCCGUCAAUAGCAUCCGUCCUGCCGACUAUCGCCGGAGCUGCAACCUUGUGCGCAGUACCCUUCACGGAAGACAAGAAAGUUGCGCUUCUGUUCGCAUGGUACAUCAUGUACUCCUUCUGGUGUGCCGUCGGCCUAUCGCUGUCGCUAGUGACGCGGAACGUUGCAGGGCAAACAAAGAAGUCGGUAGUGGUUGCGCUCAGCUUCAUGAGCUGGGCUGCUGGCAACGCCAUUGGACCCCAGGUAUUUCGAAAGCAGGAUGCACCGCGAUAUUUCCCAGCAUUUGCAGUCAUACUCGCCUCAUUCGUAGCACUUGUCGUUGUGCUAUUCGCUUUGCGUUUCUACUACGUCUGGCAGAAUGGCGUUAAACAGGGCAAGAUUGAUCGUGGAGAAGCGUUGGCGGAUACAGAGGGCGUGCAUGGGUUCGAGGAUAUCACGGAUAAGGAAAAUGUGAAUUUCCGAUAUGCCUACUGA